GUUUAGCCUCGCAAAUCGAUCGGUACCGCCAUGAAGUUCCUUGCUGUCGUCGCGUCCAUAGCACUUCUGGCCGGCAUCGCGGCCGCGCAGAACACAGAGACCACGGCCGAAGCCCUUCGAAACAUUUAUCACAGAUGCAUUGACAACGAGUCGAUGUUGUCCUGCGUGAAGCCGAAGGUGCUCGCCUACCUCAGCAACGCCGCGAAGCAGGACAGGAUCGCGAUCACGGAUGACCUGGCAGUGGUGAAGUCCCGUGACAUGCCCGAGGAGAACAGCGAAGAGUACUACCCCCCUCAGUACGACAGCGUGGACCCGGCCAGGAGGGAGCUGCUGAGAUCGAUGAUGUUGGAGAAGCUGGACGCUUACCUGUCGAGCCAUCACCUGGAGGCCAAGCUGCCCGAAGCCAUCGUGGGCUCUAACAUAGUGCCUAGAUCCCUGGUGGACAGCAUGCCGAGAAGCUUGACCAUUCCGUUGACGGACUCCUCGAACGGCCAAGGCCGCGGUUUCGUCAAGAAGGUGAUGAUCCCGUUCCUGCUGGGUCUGAAGUUCAAGGCCACGGCUCUGGUGCCGCUCGCGCUCGCUCUGAUCGCCCUGAAGACCUGGAAGGCCCUGACCCUGGGUCUGCUGUCCAUGGUGCUCAGCGGGGCGAUGAUGAUCUUCAAGCUGACCAAGCCGAAAGUCGCCUACGAGGUGGUGCACUACGGCCACCCGCCGGUCGAGCACGCUCCCCAUUGGGACACGGCACCCCACGGACCCUACAGAGCCUACAGGAAGUAGGCAGCAGCCGCCCCCCGUCCUCCCCUAGAUCGCUCUAUUUAAUAUUUAUUUUCGCGUUGUCUUAUUUAUAAUAAAACUUCUUACCUGGUCUCACGAAA